AUGCUCUUUGCCAAGGCGGUCGUGAAGAUAGACAAUCAGGAGCCGGUCGGACUUUGGGCAAGAGGGGAUUUUAUCAACAUUCUCGUCUGCCGCCAAUUCUUAGGGAGAUCGCUAUGCGAGAGCGCCGCCAAGCGCCACGGGCUCCCUUCCUCCUCCGAUACCGCCGCCGCCGUCGCAGGCGAGGACCGGCUCAUCCCGCUCCACGACGACGUCCUCGUCCUCAUCCUCCUCAAGCUCACCACCCGCGCCGCCGCCCGGACGAGCGUCCUCUCCCACCGCUGGCGCCGCAUCUGGGCUCUCCUCCCGGUGCUCGGCUUCACUUCGCCCCCCGAGCCCCACCGGUUGCGCGACGCCCUCGACGGCCACAAGGUGCUCCUCCGCGACCUCCUCGUCGUGGCCGACGGCGCCACCGCCGAGUCUCUAGCGCGCUUUGAGGGCAUCAAAAGUCUUUUUCUAACGCUGGUGUAUCUACAGGUUAUAAUGAACUGUGACUACAUGAUGGAAGACAUGGCAGUGCUACCAGACAUUACAUUUUUGUCCCUGAUGGUAAUGGCAAAUGGACAUGCCUUGGAGGCCAGCGCAUUCCAUGUUCUCAGAUUGUGUACUGGUAUAACAAGGUUGAUGCUGUUGUUCGUUGCUACUAGAUCAGAGUCAGAGGCCCAGACUGUAUGCACAUCCGAUUGCAUAUGCCUUCAGCUAGUAGAGUGGGAAACAGAGGAACUCUUGUUGAAUCACCUUGAAGAAGUAGUAAUUGGUGGAUGGAGAGGAACUAAACAUGAAGUUGCUUUUGUGAAACGACUUUUUGAUUGGGGGACAAAGAUUAAAGAGAUGACAGUAAAUUUCUGUCGUUCAAUCUCUGAAGUUAAGGCCAAGGAGCUGUACCAAAUAUUUCAGAGUUUCUCUAGGCCAGGACUAUGCAUGAAAUUUUACCGAUUUGAGAACUGUAGUAAGCGUCGACGUGUCAAGACAAGUGAAAAGCUGGUUGAAGGUCUUCUGGGAACCAACUAA